CCCUCACCCCGCUCGACCACACCCUCCCCAAAUUCUAUCUCCCUUAUAUGCUGUACUUCAACACGCCAGACACAAAGACCGCUCUUCAAACCGUACACGAUGGCGUCAAGAAACUGGUCUCCCACCUUCCCGUGGCUGGCAGGCGAUGUGAUAUACAGCACUGAACCCUCCGGCCCCCAAAACAGAGGGCAUAUUGUCGCACCAUCCGGUCCACUGGAGGCAGUUCCCAUGCUGCACGUCAAAUCCUUCGAUCACGACGACAAAUCGCACACUCUACCCAUCAACUCCUAUCUUCCUCUGCCGUGCUUUAUCCCGCCGUCCCAGCAAGGCCCCGUUGUCCGAUUCCAGGCAAACGUCUUUCCAAACAGAAUCAUCGUGGUCAUGUCAUGUCAUUUCUGCAUUUUGCCCUUGAUGGCACAGGUGCUGGAGUGAUUCUACGGGCGCUCGCCGAGUGCUGUAACGCCAAAUCCGCACCCAAUGUUACCGGGAUGGCCAUUACAACAGCCAGCGUUGCGGAGAAUGAAAUCAACCUCCGGAACCAGAUCUCCUCGUGGUCUUGCCGCUGCAACACCGAGGUGACCAUACAGUCGCUGGGGCUGGCGACGCCAUUCUUCGAC